AUGGAUUCCCACGAGGAUGCUGAGCGGUGUAUCAAGCAUCUCAACCAAUCAGUUUUAGAGGGCCGCUAUGUCACCGUAGAACGGUCAAGAAGAAAGCAUGCAAGAACUCCAACACCAGGGCACUAUCUUGGGCUGAAGAAUACUAGAGACUAUGGCUCUCGUGGUGAUAAUCGUGAUGACUAUCGUGGCGGAAAUCGCGGUGACUAUCGUGGCGACAGUCGUGGUGACUAUCGUGGCGACAGUCGUGGUGAGUUUCGUGGCAGCAGUCGUGGUGACUUUCGUGGCAGUGGCCGUGGUGAAUUUCGUGGCGACAAUCGUGGUGACCGGGGAAGGAAUUACAGUGGUUCUGGUCGUGGUGAUUAUCCACAUCGUAGAUCUCCAAGGCGUUCACCAUACCACGGAGGCCUAGAUCAUUCACCACAGCGCUCACCCUAUGUUGGGAGGUCUAGGAGGCAGAGAUCAAGGUCUAUUCCCCAUUCUCCUUAUAGCCCAGACAAGAGUUCCUUAUGGUUUGAUGGGAUCACUUCCUUUAUUGAUUCGUUUGGGCCCAGUGUGGUUAAAUCGUUUAGACCUGUCCAUUUUGCCUGCUUUCGCUCCAACUCAUUUUAUGUCCUAGUAAUGGCAGAGGUUGAAGCUUGUAUUCUUCACCAGCUUGUUCAGGCUAAACAUUUUCGGUACUUUACAUUUUAG